CAGGAGCUACGCCCCAAGAAAUGGAAGGCUUGCCCCCCGAAUGGGCUCUUUGUAGGGAGACAUGAGAGUAUGUGCAGCCGCAGUGUGUGCGCGUGCAUGUCGAGGACCCCUCCUCCUUACCUAGCUAGUCAGCAGUGGAGGGAUUAGGACGGCUAGCAUUGCUCGCUUACUACAAAUAAACAGACGGGGAGGGGGGGGAGAUUGCAACAAGCGUGAAUCAUGCCCGUUCGUCAUUACUGUCGACUGGGAGUGGAGCCGAAAUUGUGCAAGAUACGGAUAACAGCCAAGAAAGGUCCGCGUGGAUCGAGUCAAGUUUCCACGUCUCCUCUGCCGUGAAAAUGCCUCACCGGGGGCUCUCCUACUACUACUACUACUGCUGCUGCUUGGACCCGUCGUAUUAUGUUGCCUCAUUCACAUGUGCUUUAUCCUGAAGAACUGUCCAGGACCAGCAGGAUAGACCUGUAAGGAGCCUCCGAGGGCGACCGAGCAAACCAAAGGCUGAGCGGAAUUUUCUAGUUCUCCCCGAGCGGAGAUUUUCUCAAGCGGACGUGGGGAAAAGUUGCUACUUGUUGGUCAGAAAGGAAACAUGGGGAACGCAGGGAGCAUGGACCAGCGCAGUGAUCACAGAGGACACAACAUGCCUCUGAAACUGCCCAUGCCAGAACCAAGCGAACUGGAGGAAAGAUUUGCACUCGUUUUGAACUCUAUGAAUCUUCCUCCAGACAAAGCCCGACUAUUGCGGCAGUACGACAAUGAGAAAAAGUGGGAACUCGUCUGCGACCAGGAGCGAUUCCAAGUGAAAAACCCGCCUCACACGUACCUCCAAAAGCUGAGGAGCUAUCUAGACCCUGCAGUCACAAGAAAGAAAUUCAGACGGAGGGUUCAGGAGUCCACCCAAGUCUUGAGAGAACUGGAAAUUUCGUUACGGACCAAUCACAUAGGGUGGGUGAGAGAAUUUCUAAAUGAAGAAAACAAAGGCCUGGACGUGCUGGUGGAGUACCUUUCUUUCGCACAAUAUGCUGUCACGUUUGAUGGAGACUGCAUGGAGAACAACCCAGAGACUGGAAUGGAUAAGUCUAAACCCUGGAGUCAUUCUAUAGAAGACCUGCAUAGGGGAAGCACUCUGCCAUCUCCCAUCACCGGGAGUGGCAUCACACGUGCUGGACGACAUUCCACGAUACGUUGUAACACACUGCCCAGCCGGCGGACACUGAAAAACUCCAGACUGGUCUCUAAGAAAGACGAUGUUCACGUCUGCAUCAUGUGCCUGCGUGCCAUCAUGAACUACCAGUAUGGCUUCAACAUGGUCAUGUCACACCCACAUGCUGUGAAUGAAAUUGCUUUAAGUCUCAACAAUAAAAAUCCAAGAACUAAAGCUCUGGUCUUGGAGCUCCUGGCGGCAGUUUGUCUCGUGAGAGGAGGCCAUGAAAUUAUUCUCUCUGCGUUUGACAACUUUAAGGAGGUAUGUAUGGAGACACAGCGGUUUGAGAAGCUAAUGGAGUAUUUCAAGAACGAGGACAAUAACAUCGACUUCAUGGUGGCAUGUAUGCAGUUCAUCAACAUUGUUGUGCACUCAGUGGAGGACAUGAACUUCAGAGUUCAUCUACAGUUUGACUUCACCAAGCUGUGUCUGGAUGACUACUUAGACAAAUUAAAGCAUACAGAGAGCGAUAAGCUGCAGGUUCAGAUCCAGGCCUACUUGGACAAUGUGUUUGACGUGGGAGCCCUUCUGGAGGAUGCGGAGACUAAAAACGCUGCCCUGGAGCGGGUGGAGGAACUGGAGGAGAACAUGUCACAUAUGACCGAGAAGCUGCAGGACAUGGAAAAUGAGGCCAUGUCCAAGAUCGUAGAGCUGGAGAAGCAGCUGAUGCAAAGGAACAAAGAGCUCGAGUCCAUCAGGGAAGUCUACAAAGACACCAGCUCACAGGUACACUCACUGCGGCAGAUGUUGAAAGAGAAGGAUGAGGCCAUCCAGCGACAGAAUAACCUGGAGAAGAAAAUUCAUGAACUGGAGAAGCAGGGCACCAUCAAAAUCCACAAGAAGGAGGAUGGAGACAUCUCCAUCCUGCCCUCGCCAUCCUCUGGUGUGGAGGGUGUUGAGACGAGAGGAAACAGCGCAGCGGUCAGUCCAAACCAUGUGGGUUUUGUUGGGGAUACGCCUGCUCCACCUCCACCACCUCCUCCACCCCCUCCACUACCAGUGAAUGGCACAUUUCCUCCACCUCCACCUCCCCCUCCCCCCCCACCCCCCUCAAGUAUCUCAGCCCCUCUGGCUCCCCCGCCUCCUCCUGUAGCGCCCCCGUUGCCCGGCUGUGGGACGCCCACUGUCAUCAUGAACUCGGGGUUAGCAGCUGUUAAGAUCAAGAAACCCAUCAAGACAAAGUUCCGCAUGCCCGUCUUCAACUGGGUAGCCCUUAAACCAAACCAGAUCAACGGGACUGUCUUCAAUGAGAUCGAUGACGAGAGGAUACUUGAAGACCUGAAUGUGGAUGAAUUCGAGGAGAUGUUUAAGACGAAAGCCCAGGGUCCACCGAUUGACCUCACCACAAGCAAGCAGAAGGUCAUGCAGAAGGGGUCCAGUAAGGUGACUCUGCUGGACUCCAACAGGGCGAAGAACCUGGCCAUCACACUGAGGAAAGCGGGCAAGACACCCGAGGAGAUCUGCAAAGCCAUUCAGAUGUUUGACCUUCGGACUCUGCCAGUGGACUUUGUGGAGUGUCUGAUGCGCUUCCAGCCCACAGAGAAUGAGAUUAAAGUCCUGCGGCAGUUCGAGAAAGAGCGCAAGCCGGUGGAGAGUCUGACAGAUGAGGAUCGCUUCAUGAUGCAGUUCAGUAAGAUCGAGCGGCUCAUGCAGAAGAUGACCAUUAUGGCCUUCAUCGGCAACUUCAGUGAAAGUGUGCAGAUGCUGACGCCGCAACUUCAUGCAGUCAUUGCAGCAUCUGUGUCCAUCAAGUCAUCACAGAAACUAAAGAAAAUUUUAGAGAUUAUCUUGGCUCUUGGAAACUACAUGAACAGCAGUAAAAGAGGAGCGGUAUACGGAUUCAAGCUGCAAAGUUUAGACUUGCUCCUUGAUACCAAGUCGACUGACCGCAAGUUAACGCUGUUGCACUACAUAGCCAAUGUGGUGAAAGAGAAAUACAUGCAGGUUUCUCUCUUCUACAAUGAGCUGCACUAUGUGGAGAAAGCUGCAGCAGUGUCGCUGGAGAACGUCCUACUGGAUGUUAAGGAGCUGCAGAGAGGCAUGGAGCUGACCAAACGAGAGUACAGCAUGCACGGCCACAACACCAUGCUCAAAGACUUCAUCGCACACAGUGAGAGCAAGCUGAAAAAGCUGCAGGAUGAUGCCAAGAUUGCACAGGAUGCCUACGACGAGGCAGUGAAGUUCUUUGGGGAGAACGCCAAAACCACGCCGCCACCCGUCUUCUUCCCUGUGUUUGUGCGAUUUGUUAAGGCUUACAAGCAAGCCGAGGAGGACAACGAACAAAGAAAGAGACAGGAGCAGAUUAUGAUGGAGAAACUUCUAGAACAAGAAGCCAUGAUGGAGGAAGACCAGAAGUCUCCAUCCCAUAAAAACAAGCGGCAGCAACAGGAGCUGAUCCAGGAGCUCAGGAGGAAACAGGUGAAAGACAGCCGCCAUGUCUACGAAGGCAAAGAUGGUGCAAUUGAAGACAUCAUUACCGUGCUGAAGACAGUGCCCUUUACCGCCCGCACAGCCAAGCGUGGCUCUCGGUUCUUCUGCGAGCCCGCCCUCAAUGAGGAGUACCAUUAUUAAGCUUGUAGAACUCUCUCUUCUCAAAGAUUUGAGGAAUCAGCCUUACAGGCGCGCAGAUGCUGUGCGGAGGAGUGUCAGGAGACGCUUUGAUGAUCAGAAUCUGCGGCCGGCGA